AAACGUUUAAACUGUGAGUUGUGUGAUAUGACAUUUCGACACAGGGGCCACCUGAAUGUCCACUUGAGGAUACACACAGGAGAAAAACCUUACAAGUGUUCUUUGUGUAAUUUCUCUGCAAGGCAUGGUAGCACUAUAGACAGACACAAGAAAGCUCACCUCAAUGACAGACGCUAUGCUUGUGAUGCAUGUGGUUAUAAAAGUGUGUAUAAAUCUACUUUGCAGAGACACUACAGAACUCAUACAGGAAUUAAACCUUUUGCAUGUGAAUUUUGUCAGAGAUCAUUUAGUCAAAGAGGGCAUAUGAAAGAUCACAGAAGAAAAGUUCAUUUUUGCUAA